AAUCGUGAUACCAUUCGAUUGUGCAGCAGUUUGUGCAUAUCUGUUUUGCUAUAUGACCAUUGGAUCAGGAAGAGUACAAGAGAAAUUUAUGUUAUGUUCUCAAAACCCGGAUUCCGCUCAGGGCUUCAGUAAAGACGACAGAAAGGCUAUUCACGAGUUCCUUAGAUUGCGAUAUCAAGGGAAACUAGGCUCGGAAACAAGCGAGAAAGGCAUCGAAGUCAGUUACUGCGGUGUAAAUAGUAAGGGAAGGAAACGGAAGAGGUGGUUUAAAGACUGCCCAAAUCAUUGCUAUUUUACCCUGGCUAAGGAAAACAAGGAUACAAUAAGUCAUGAUUGGUGCGCUAUCGUCGUUCUCCGCAAUAAUAUCUCACUUUCAAGCGUAACAACGAAUACCUUUCGAACACAUGGCAUCAAAGAUCGUCGUGCAGUUACUUGUCAGCGAGUUAGCUGUAACAGGAUAGAAAAAGAGCGCAUAUUGAGCUUGAAUCCACGCCUUAGAGACAUUCUAGUGUACGACUUCAGCUAUGAUGAUAAGGAGUUAAAAAUGGGUGGGCAUUGGGGAAAUCGCUUCAGCAUCAUAUUAAGGCAUGAUUUUUUCUAUAUCUUCAGGGAUGCUCUAAGUAUACCUCCUGCAAACCAAGACAUCCUUGAGCAAAGGUUGAAAGAACUUGGACAAGACGGGUUUAUUAAUUAUUUUGGUACCCAAAGAUUCGGAUCUUGCGACACUAAUACUGCAACUGUUGGGAAACAUAUUCUGCGCCGAGAUUGGGAAGCGGCUAUUCGGUUGAUUUUGUCAAAUGAACAUUUGCCAGGCAAGGAAUUAUGGCUACCCUUUUCUCACUUUUUGGUUAUUUCUAUUUAUGUUGUUUGUUUCGUUUAUUACUCUCUCGCAUCUUCAAUUCAAUACAAGUAUUCAUAUGAAGUGAAAUUGUUCUGGUAUACAUUCAGAGAUCGCCUUGGAUAUCUGGGAACUGUUGGAGAUGCAGUGCGGUGUUGGGAGAAAACUGGAGACGCUUCGCAAGCUCUCAAGAAGUUAAAGGGCAGUCAGGCUUUUGCAUCCAUAGAAGCGAUCAUAUUCAAAUGUUUAUCCAAGGGGGGCACUUGGCAGAAGGUUUGUCUAGUCUUGGUUUAGCU